AUGGACGAUGCGGGGAACCAGGAGGAUGCUUACUGGAGCACGAUGUGGCAGAUGACGAAAGAUAUGAUGAAGAACGGCGAUCUGAAGGAGGACGAGCAAGUGCCGACAAUUGAGAUAUCAGAACCUCGCCUGGAGAUCCUGAUCGGGCUCUAG